AUGCUGCUCGGCAGGGGUCAACUGUUGAUCGCAGCGGACGGUGGUCGGCCGAAGGCCAAUGCUACUGGAGUGUCUGGCCUGGUCCCGAGUGCUGGGGAUUCAUCUAGUGGAGAGGGCUUGAAGACAUCGCCUGCAACCCCACUGAUCAAGAACAGGGAGCUGCUGACUGAGCCUGAAUUUUCGGCUAUGACAAAGAAGGCUCGUACCGAUCCAUGGGACUCUUCGAUCAACAAUGUAGACUGUGAUGUGGUGGUGGCAACCAGCCCAGACUGGUCCCACCCGGCGCCAUGA